AUGGCACUGGAGAGUGGGUUUCUACUGAUGUUGGUCAUCAAUAUAAACCUGGCCCAGAAGAUUCUGAAAGAGGUGCCAGUGCAGCCAAACUUUGACGCACAUAAGGUGGAAGGACGUUGGCUUACCAUCCGGAUGGCCACUAACCUCAGGCACCUGGUCUUGCCCACUGACCCUCUGAGACUUUCUCUCCACUCCAUUUGGACCAGAGGCAGUGGGGAUGUGGAAUUUGUGCUGUUUGAGAUAGGAGAGGGGGUUUGCGCAGGAUUAAAUGUCACUGUCCAUCCAACUGGGCUCCAAGGCCAGUACCAAGGAACCAUUGAAGGGGGCAGCAUGCACGUCCACUUCGUCAGCACUGACUACAACAACCUCAUUCUUUUUGUACGCUUUGAGGACUACGAAGUCAUCAACCUGUGGGCACUUCUGGCUAGAAGAAUGGAUGAAGACCCUACAUGGUUGGAGAAAUACCUUGUGUUUGUAGACAGAUUCCACCUUCAAAAGGCCCCCAUCUUCAACACAGCUGGGUGA